ACCAUUUUCCCCUCUUAAUUAGAGUUAUUGAUUGAAAUUCUAAAAAGCUUUCUAGCAAUUUGUUCUCUUUACACUUCACUAACCUAGUAAACCUCAUCAAUCUUCUAGGGAUUGGCCAACCGAAGUUCAAACUUGAACCACUUGACCAUCCAAACCUUAACACAGUUCUCAACCAUACCAUGAAACCAUGCAUAAUCUUACAACUCCUUGACCUUUCUAAUCGUUUAGAAGAGAAGCAUUCUUUAUAUGAUCCAAUAGAAAUCAAGGUUAAUUAAACUGAAAGAAAGCAUACAUAUUAACCACUUUAGUGGUUUCCUUCUUCCUACUCCUUGUCCUCUCUAUCUUAUCGAUGUGUUUGAUCACAGAAGAUCUGAAUCUGUUCUGCUACGACAAGAUGUCUCACAUUUCUGUUAAUUUUAUUUGAUUUCUUUAAAUGAUGAGUGAGUUAUUACUAAGAUGAUCUCGAGUUCAAGAGAAAAAGGUCUUCAAGCAAAGCAGGAGGAUGCUAACAAUGCCAGCAAGUUGUCUAGGGCAGCAGCUUCGAGUUCAAGGCAGUGGUCAGGAUUUAGAAAUCCAAGGAUUGUACGUGUCUCUCGAUCUUUUGGGGGGAAAGACAGGCACAGCAAGGUUUGCACCGUAAGAGGAUUGAGAGACAGGAGGAUUAGGCUUUCUGUUCCAACAGCAAUUCAAUUGUAUGAUUUGCAGGACAGGCUGGGGCUUAGUCAGCCUAGCAAGGUGAUAGAUUGGUUAAUUGAUAACACGAAGAGCGAUAUUGACAAGCUUCCUCCUCUUCAAAUGCCUCAAGGAUUUGGACAGUUCCAUCAGCAAAUGUUAUUUUCUCAGGAGCCAAACACAUUUCAACCUUCUUUUGCUCCAUUCAUGGAAGAUCAAACCGAUAUGGCAGCACCAAAAAACUACUGGGAAUUGGAUGGUGCAUCGCGAGGAAAAUCCAGGGAAGAAGCUGAGAAGGGAAAAUGGAUCGAAGGAAAUGAACAAGAUGAGAAUCAUCAUCAGGAUGGGGACUAUAGUGGAUCAUCAGCUCAUAGGCUUUUUCCAAUUUCCAAUCAUUCUUCUUUGCCUGGUAAUUUCUCAACCAAUAAUUCCAUGCCUUUCAAUUCAUACUACCAAUGGGAUCCUUCAAAUCUUUCUUUAUCUCAGUUUGGUAAUCAAGGGUAUCUGUUUUCCCAAAAAGAAAAUUCAUUCUCUGUGCCAUCUUCUUUAUCUCUUACAUCUAUGCCACAAUUAUUUUUAUGCCCAACUUCAUCCACUCCACUUUUCCCUUCAUAUCCUCCAUAUGUCACCAAUCCAAUGGAAAAUGACUUCAGACAGAUGAAUAAUUUCCAAACCAUGAAACCUUUUUCUUUGAACGUAAAUCCCAGCGGAAUCAGUACUCAUUCACCAAACACCAGCAAUCAUCCUGAUGAAGAUGAUACCGAUUCUUGAAGAUAUCUAUAACGUCUCUCAUGCAUGGCUGCUCUGGUUCAUUUCAUCUAAGCUCGUGCAAUUGUCAUGCACUGUGUUGAGGCAUGCAGUGAUCUAGAUAUUUUUAUCCUGUUAUAUGCUGAAAAUCCGGACUUCACUUUGUAUGAAUACAUAGAGGAAAUCAACCAGGGGAUAUAAUACAGCUUUGCUAUAAAAGCUUGUUUCUUGAUUGCUAGGUGGAUUCUCUCUGAUAUAUACAAGUAAGACAACCCAGAACACUUGAUUUUCUUGCAUUAUAUACAAUGUUGUGGAUAUUAUAUAGGUGAAAGUUUGUAAUAUGUUAAUUUUCUACAUUCUGCAUUAAUUUUCUAUGUUUUAGUAAUAGAUUAAAAGUGUGGUU